AUGAAUUGCCGCUUGUAUGCAGUGUAUGCAUCAUCUCCACAGUCAAAGCAAGGCUAUUCAAUCGCCACCAGCAGCCAGGAUUCGUCCAUGUCGUCGUUUCUUUGUCUGUGGUGCCAGCACUGCCCCCAUCCUCGUCACUUGUGGAGCGUCAAUCCACCAGACCAGACUGCCUGGCUGAGUGCCUGCCAACUCACCGUUCGCUCCUCCCUCAAUGUUCAUUGUUGGCUCAUGUAA